AUGAGCAUCAGCUCAUCAACCACCGAAGAUGGCUCCAUCACAGCCACUGAACAACAUCCCCCAGGACUAGUCGACAAACCUGCUCUCGAAAAGACCAACACUACAACACAAUGGCAUCUUGCCCCCGAACUCCAAGCCAUGCGUGACUCCGACGAAGAAAUUGGCCAAAAGCCCCGAAAACUCGGCGUCACCUGGCAGAACCUCACGGUCAAAGGCAUAGGCAGCGACGCUGCAUUCAACGAAAACGUCCUGUCCCAAUUCUACCCUUUUCACAAGAGCGCUAAAGACGCUCCCAUGAAGACUAUCAUUGAUAACUCGUCCGGCUGUGUCAAGCCUGGUGAGAUGUUGCUUGUCCUCGGACGCCCUGGAAGUGGAUGCACAACCCUCCUAAGCGUCCUAGCAAACAACCGUCUAGGCUACGAAGAAGUCACAGGCGAUGUCCACUACGGCAACAUGUCCGCCGACGAAGCAAAAGCCUACCGCGGCCAAAUCAUAAUGAACACCGAAGACGAGAUCUUCUUCCCCAGUCUCACAGUCGAAGCAACCGUCGACUUCGCCGCACGCAUGAAAGUCCCCUUCCACUUACCCCCCGGCAUAAAAACCCGCGAAGAAUACGCCCAGUUCUACAAAGACUUCCUCCUCCGCUCCGUCAACAUAUCCCACACGAAACAUACAAAAGUCGGCGACGCUUUCAUCCGCGGCGUGUCUGGUGGUGAGCGCAAACGCGUGUCUAUCGUGGAGUGUCUUACCACGCGGGCUAGUGUGUUCUGCUGGGAUAACUCUACGCGUGGUCUUGAUGCGAGUACUGCGCUGGAGUGGGUGCGUGCUAUACGGGCCAUGACGGAUAUUCUUGGUUUGACUACUAUUGUCACGCUGUAUCAGGCCGGUAAUGGGAUCUACGAGCAGUUUGACAAGGUUCUUGUUGUCGAUGAGGGCAAGCAGAUCUUUUAUGGUCCUCAGAAAGAUGCUGUUCCGUUCAUGGAAGAUCUUGGCUUCGUGAGAGAUUCGGGCUCGAACCGGGGAGAUUUCCUCACGGGUGUCACUGUUCCGACCGAGAGGCGCAUUGCGGAGGGGUAUGAGAAUACCUUCCCCCGUGAUGCAGAUGGUGUCCGCGCAGCCUACGACAGAUCAGCCAUCAAAGCCCGUAUGAUCGAAGAAUGUCAGGCAUACCCCAUCAGCACCGAAGCAGCCGAGAACACAGCAGUCUUCAAGGAGAUGGUCGCCCGCGAGAAGCAGCGCUACGUCCCGGCCUCAUCCCCCGUCACCGCAAACCUCGCUCAGCAGAUCAAAGCUGCUGUUACUCGGCAGUACCAGAUCAUGUGGGGUGACAAGUCAACGCUCUUCAUGAAACAGGGCGCGACUCUCAUCCAGGCCUUUCUGGGUGGAUCGCUGUUCUACAAUGCUCCUGAUAACUCUGCUGGUCUGUUUCUCAAGGGCGGUGCAUUGUUCUUCUCGAUUCUGUAUAAUUCACUUUUGGCGUUGUCGGAAGUGACGGAUUCUUUUACCGGACGACCUAUCCUUGCGAAGCAUCGGUCUUUUGCACUCUAUGACCCGGCAGCCUUUUGCAUCGCGCAAGUCGUCGCUGAUCUGCCCAUCUUGGCUUUUCAGGUCACCCAGUUCGGUCUCGUGUUAUACUUCCUCGUCGGUCUCAAGACUACUGCUGCUGCGUUCUUUACAUAUCUCGUGAACAACUACGUUACCGCCUUGGCAAUGACGGCUUUCUUCCGCUUCAUCGGCGCUGCGUUCCCAACCUUUGACGCCGCCACCAAAGUCUCUGGUCUUUCUGUCGUUGCGUUGUUCGUCUACAUGGGAUAUAUGAUCAUCAAGCCCGAGAUGCAUCCCUGGCUAUCGUGGAUCUUCUGGAUCAAUCCCAUGGCUUACGGCUUUGAGGCUCUUCUUGGGAAUGAGUUUCACGACCAAGAGAUUCCUUGCGUUGGGCCUUACCUCGUUCCCAAUGGCCCUGGCUAUGUCGGGGGUCCUGGAGGACAAGCGUGUGCUGGUGUCGGCGGCGCUGAACCUGGGGCUGCGUUCGUCACAGGCGACGCUUACCUCUCCAACAUGUCGUUCAGCCACAGCCAUAUCUGGCGCAACUUUGGCAUCAACUGCGCAUGGUGGAUCUUUUACGUCGGUCUCACCAUCUUCUUCACGUCCCGAUGGAAGCAGGUCGGAGAGGGAAGUCGAAGCCUUCUCAUUCCUCGGGAACAGCAGCACAAGUCCAAGCAUCUUCUCCCCUCCAAGGACAGCGAAUCCCCUUCGGAAAAAUCCCGCGCUGAUAAUGGAGCUGGAGCCUCUGAUGGUGAGGUUGACCCGAACCUCAUGCGCAACAAGAGUAUCUUUACCUGGAAGAACUUGACAUAUACCGUCAAGACUUCGGACGGUGACCGUGUCCUUCUCGAUAACGUCCAAGGCUAUGUUAAGCCCGGUAUGCUCGGUGCAUUGAUGGGUUCUUCAGGUGCCGGUAAAACAACCCUUCUCGACGUCCUCGCCCAGCGCAAAACCGAAGGAACCAUCCACGGAUCAGUGCUUGUUGACGGUCGACCUAUUCCCGUGUCCUUCCAACGAUCAGCUGGUUAUGUCGAGCAACUCGACAUCCACGAGCCGCUUGCAACUGUUCGCGAAGCCCUCGAAUUUUCUGCUCUGCUACGCCAGUCUCGCGAUGUACCCACCGAGGAGAAGCUACGCUACGUUGAUACCAUUGUUGAUCUGCUUGAGCUGAACGAUCUCGAACACACACUCGUUGGUCGUCCUGGAAACGGCUUGUCGAUUGAACAGCGCAAGCGUCUCACCAUCGCUGUUGAGCUGGUCGCAAAGCCUAGUAUUCUCAUCUUCCUUGAUGAACCGACAUCUGGACUCGACGGGCAGGCUGCUUACAACACGGUGCGCUUCCUUCGAAAGCUCUCGGCUGCCGGACAGGCUAUUCUGGUGACGAUCCAUCAACCAUCUGCACAGUUAUUUGCGCAGUUCGACACGCUGUUGCUGCUUACCAAAGGUGGGAAGACUGUGUAUUUCGGUGAUAUUGGUGACAACGCUGCUACUAUCAAGGAGUAUUUCGGCCGUCAUGGCGCUCCUUGUCCACCCGAGGCUAAUCCCGCUGAACACAUGAUCGACGUUGUAUCCGGCGAAGAUGGCCCGUACAAGGACACAGACUGGAACCAGGUUUGGCUACAGUCGCCAGAACAUGACCAACUCAGCAAGGACCUAGACCACAUGACCGAAGUAGCAGCAUCUCAACCCUCCAGCACCAUCGACGACGGCAACGAAUUCGCUGCCUCAAUGUGGACACAAGUCAAGCUCGUGACACACCGAAUGAACAUCUCUCUCUUCCGCAACACAGAAUACGUCGACAACAAAAUCGCCAUGCACAUCCUCCUCCCGCUCCUCAACGGUUUCACAUUCUGGCAGAUCGGCGAUAGCUUGACGGAUUUGCAGCAGAACCUGUUCACCGUGUUCAAUUUCAUCUUCAUCGCGCCGGGUAUCAUCGCGCAGCUGCAGCCGCUGUUUAUCGACCGGCGGGAUAUCUAUGAGGCGAGGGAGAAAAAGAGCAAGAUGUAUCACUGGGCGCCGUUCGUCACGGGUUUGAUUGUGUCAGAGCUGCCGUAUUUGCUGGUCUGUGCCGUGCUGUAUUUUGUUUGCUGGUACUUCACUGCUGGGCUUCCAACUGGUGCUGAGCAUGCCGGGAGUGUCUUCUUUGUCGCGCUCAUGUAUGAAGGCUUGUAUACUGGCAUCGGCCAGGCGAUCGCUGCGUACACCCCCAACGCUGUCUUUGCAUCGCUUGUCAAUCCUCUGGUCAUCACCACUCUCGUCUCUUUCUGCGGUGUCAUGAUUCCUUACAGCCAGAUUGUGGAAUUCUGGCGAUACUGGAUGUACUACAUUGAUCCCUUCAACUACCUCAUGAGCUCGCUCCUCGUGUUCACGACCUGGGACAAGCCCGUCCACUGCAAACCCCACGAACUCGCCGUCUUCAACCCUCCAUCCAACACCACCUGCGGCGACUACCUCUUCGAUUAUCAGAACGGUAUGGGCGUGGCCACUAACCUCCUCAACCCGGAUGCAUUUACCGACUGUCAAGUCUGUCAAUACACCUCGGGCGCGGACUACCUUCGUACAUUGAACCUCAAAGAAGAAUAUUACGGCUGGAGAAACGCUGGUAUUGUUGUUGCGUUUGUUAUUGGUUUCUAUGGGCUUGUGUAUGUCAUGAUGAAGCUCAGGACCAAGGCUACCAAGAAGGCCGAGUCUUAG